UCCCAGUGGCCUCAGAAACACCAGCCAUGUCUGUAGAUAUGUCUUCGGAAAAAAUGAUGAAAGUGGAAGAGAAUUUGCAAAGAGCCGUGGCACUUAAGAAGCUGGUCAAUGGAUGGCGGGAUUCACAUACUCACUGUAUGUGGCAGAUGACAUUGAGCCAACGGAGAGACCUGUAUGCUACCCUAAGGAUGCAGGAUGCUAUGGAACAGGAAUUAGCACUGUCCAACAGACAGCUGCUGGUGGUCCGUCAAGCUGCCUUACACCAGCUGUUUGAGGAGGAACAUCAGCAGUACCAGCAGGAACUCGGCCGGAUGGGCAAGGCUUUCUAUGAGGAGAGACUCUGACGCUGCCCCAACACUGCUCUUCCCUCAUGCCUGCUAGCCCAGCCUCUAGUCUCCAUGUGAGCUUCCCAAAACAAACCUGGACCUGGGACUUCAGACCACCCCUUUUCCACUGUCAAGUCAACUCAAAUGUUGCCUCGGAAAACAAGAGUGACGCCUUGUGGUUAGCGUGGGAUAUGCAGUGUCCUAAGGGGAGAGGAUGUCUGGUUUAAAAAGGUUGUGAUUUGGUUUAACAAAAUAAAGCUAACUCUUAAAAAUUUA